UAUCGCGUUAUUACUAAUCUCGCGAAAACCUUAUCCCACUCACACAAAAAUCUCAUCUUCCUCGCACUACCAAUCAAUCACCUCGAACUUUCAAUUCCUCCAAAUCCUUCAUCAUCAUCAUCAUCAAAGAAACAUGUUUACCUCAUCUUCCAUCUCAUCCCACGCCCCAAUCAUUCAUCAUCAUCGCUUACCCUCCACCACUACCCACCCCUUAUGCUUCAAUGCCCACAACCAUAACCUCACUCCACACCCUCCUACCCUAUCCUUCCUCCGCCCUCCCCUUCUAAGCCCCUCUCCGUCGUCAAUUUUCACCGUCUCCGCCAAACCACCAACAACCGACAAGUCCAGCGAGCAGAAAUGGGUACACGAAGGACUCAUCACAGAAUCCCUCCCUAACGGUAUGUUCCGUGUUCGCCUCGACAACGAAGACCUUAUCCUUGGAUAUAUCUCCGGUAGGAUUCGAAAGAAUUACGUUCGGAUCCUUCCCGGCGAUAGAGUUAGAGUCGAAGUCAGUCGUUAUGAUUCCUCCAAAGGACGGAUAGUUUACAGGCUGCGCAAUACCCCCGGCGGCAACUCUUCUUAGUUUUUAGACACGUUUAGUGUUUGUGAAAAUGACAGAAAUGAACGUGCUUGUUUUCGAACCUAUGUUUAUUUGUUUUUAAUUUUAUUUUGAAGAUUAAUAUAAAGAACAAAAUUCAAGUACAUGGUUGUUGUAGGAAAUACAAAUACCAAAAAUAUGCUUUGCUCUCUGAUUUUGCA